AUGAAAUUCACUUCCGCCUCCAUCGUGCAGUUCCUCUGCCUUUUUACCACUAUGGUAGAAGCCCUCACCCGCUACGAGGCCACGCCUCCAAGUGACGCUAUUGUCCUCAUCGACAGACAGGCCCUCAACGACAUAGCCAAAGAUCACCCUUACGGCUCUCUAUUUCCCGAAAAUGGAGGGUACUACCUGAAGGACAAGGAUGACGGAGUUGUUGGUAUCGCCAGCGAUGAGCUUUGCACGGAGCUAGACGCUGCCUUUGCUAGCGCCGAAGCCAAAUAUGCCCAGGAAGAGGCUGCUGACUCCCCGGCUCCAACUUCCAGUGCAAUGGAUGCUGCGAAGCGGGGCACCGCGCUCGCUUGCUAUCCCAACUAUUUGCACAAUUUCUGCAGCCACCCUCGUUGCUUCAAUAUGGCUACUUGUCUCACUUAA